UUUACAACACAUCAGGCAGUCUCCUCCAUUCACAGGAUAGCACGGGCACGCACAGACGCACUCUCACACUCAGCAAUUCGCCGAAGCAUUUGAGGUGCAUUAAAAUACAAAAGGUCACACGAUGACGCAGUACACUCCGCGCCGCUGGAGGGCUCCCGAUUGCCCCUCGGCGUCAGUGCGCGUAGGCGCAGGCGCACGACCUUCAUGGGCGGGGCUUUGUGUGCUACGGGGCUGCAGAUUGGCUGGUUUCGAGGCUAACGGUUGGCCCUGACUCCGCGCUUGCGCUUGAUUCUGCGCGGGUCAGGAGCGAGCGAAAUUCGAGCUCCUGCCGAGGUACCGGGAAUCGAAACCGAGGGUCAUGGAGACGUACCGAGGUUUGUCGGAAGCUGAGACCUUGAACACAGAGCAGGCUGCUCGUUAUAUGAGAUACGUGAAAGAAGCCAAAGAAGCAACUAAGAAUGGAGAUCUGGAGGAAGCGCUUAAGCUUUUCAAUUUGGCAAAGGACAUUUUUCCCAAUGAAAAGCUGAUGAGCAGAAUCCAAAAACUACAGGAAGCUUUGGAGGAAUUGGAAGAACAUGAAGAUGAUGAUGAAUUUAUAGAUGUGUGCAACUCUGGCCUGCUGCUUUAUCGAGAACUGUACAACCAACUAUUUGAGCACCAGAAGGAAGGCGUGGCUUUCCUCUACAGUUUGUACAGGGAUGGAAGGAAAGGAGGUAUCUUGGCAGAUGACAUGGGACUGGGGAAGACUGUUCAGAUCAUUGCUUUCCUUUCUGGUAUGUUUGAUGCUUCACUUGUGAAUCAUGUGCUGUUAAUCAUGCCAACGAAUCUCAUCAGCAUGUGGGUAAAGGAAUUUGCCAAGUGGACUCCAGGAAUGAGAGUCAAAACCUUUCAUGGCCCUAGCAAGGAUGAACGUACGAGAAGCCUCAACCGGGUUCAGCAAAGGAAUGGUGUUGUUAUCACUACAUACCAAAUGUUAAUCAACAAUUGGCAGCAGCUUGCCAGCUGUAGUGGCCAAGCAUUUGUGUGGGACUAUGUCAUCCUUGAUGAAGCACAUAAAAUAAAGAGCUCAUCUACUAAGUCGGCAAUAUGUGCCCGUGCUGUUCCUGCAAGCAAUCGCCUCCUCCUUACAGGAACCCCAAUCCAGAAUAAUUUACAAGAACUAUGGUCCCUAUUUGAUUUUGCUUGCCACGGGUCCCUGCUAGGGACAUUAAAAACUUUUAAAACGGAGUAUGAAAAUCCUAUUGUUAGAGCAAGAGAGAAGGAUGCCACUCCAGGGGAAAAAGCCUUGGGACUUAAAAUGUCUGAAAACUUAAUGGAAAUCAUAAAACCCUAUUUUCUUAGGAGGACUAAAGAAGUAGUACAGAAGAGAAAGUCAAACAUCCCAGAAGUCAGACCCACUGAAGAGAAUUCAGGUGGUGAUGCCAUCUGCGAAAUGCCCUCUCUUUCUAGGAAAAAUGAUUUAAUCAUUUGGAUACGUCUUGUACCUUUACAAGAAGAAAUAUACAGGAAAUUUGUAUCUUUAGAUCACAUCAAGGAGUUGUUACUGGAGACACGCUCACCUUUGGCUGAGCUAGGAGUCUUAAAGAAGCUGUGUGAUCACCCUAGGCUGCUGUCCACACGGGCUUGUCAUUUGCUGCAUCUAAAGACUGCUAAAAUCUCUGCUCAGGAUGGAAAUGAGGACGAUUCCUCAGAUAUGGAUGACAUUUCUCAUGUAACUGAUGAUACAUUGACGGAAGAAUCUGGAAAGAUGAUAUUCUUAAUGGCCCUGCUGAAGAGACUGCGAGAUGAAGGGCAUCAAACUCUGGUAUUUUCUCAAUCAAGACAAAUUCUAAACAUCAUUGAACAACUCUUAAGGAAUAAGCAUUUUAAGAUAUUGCGAAUUGAUGGCACAGUUACUCAUCUUUUGGAACGAGAAAAAAGAAUUAAUUUAUUCCAGCAAAAUAAAGAUUACUCUGUUUUUCUGCUUACCACUCAAGUAGGUGGUGUUGGCUUAACAUUAACUGCAGCAACUAGAGUGGUUAUUUUUGACCCUAGCUGGAACCCCGCAACUGAUGCUCAAGCUGUAGAUAGAGUUUACCGAAUUGGACAAAAACAAAAUGUUGUGGUUUAUAGGCUAAUCACUUGUGGGACUGUAGAAGAAAAAAUAUAUAGAAGACAGGUUUUCAAGGGCUCAUUAAUUAGACAAACUACUGGUGAUAAGAAGAACCCAUUCCGCUAUUUCAAUAAACAAGAGUUAAGGGAGCUCUUUACGAUUGAGGAUCUCCAGAACUCUGCAACUCAGUUGCAGCUCCAGUCUCUGCAUGCUGCUCAGAGGAGAUCUGAUAAGACCCUCGAUGAACACAUUACCUACCUACACUCUCUGGGAAUAGCUGGAAUCUCAGACCAUGACUUGAUAUAUACACAUGAUCUGUCCAUUAAAGAAGAGCUUGAUGUCAUAGAAGAAUCUCAGUAUAUUCAACAGAGAGUUCAGAAAGCUCAAUUCCUUGUUGAAUUUGAGUCUCAAAAUACAGUGGAAAAACAAAGAACUGGAAAUGAGGGGGCCUGGCCGUUAGCGCCUCUGUUUUCUUCUCAAACAAAAAAGAAAUGCCCUGAAUUGAAGAAACCACAACGUUGGCCUUCAUCUCUUAUAACUACUCAUCCUACCCAGGAAGAAGCUCUCAGUUUUCAAAUGGCAAAUGUAAAUAUCGAUGAUCAAGACCUCUCCAGUGUACAUACGCAUACGACCAUGCUGCAAGAUGGUACACGCUCCUGUGAAAAUGCAUUUCAUACCGACUCCGUAGCUACUUUACCCAGGGAGUUUGGGAGUAUGGAAGAAAUUUGGACUGCCUCAUUACAGGAAACUGCAAAAAGCUUUGCAACUGAAAACAAAGCUCUGCAGGAGUCAUUACAAGAAGAGUCUGAGCAAGAGGCACAGCAGGAGAAUCCCCUGGGAAGUUUUGAUUAUUUAGCUAGCCAAUCAGUCAGAGAUGAUCGCGCACCAAGUCUAGAUCUACAGGAUGAUGAGGACUUAUAUCACUGCGAUCCAUGGCCCACCAAUCCCAUAACAAAUGAAAGUCAAGCCAUAAAAUUAAAUGUAUCUGUUAUUGAAGUAUCUGAUGAAUCGCCGGCAUCCCAUAGUGUCCUGCAGGACGCCCAAACAAAUGAAGCCAAGUCAGCCGGGGAACCGUUAGCAUCUUCACUUCAGUAUGCGUGUGACUUCAAUCUUUGCCUGGAAGACUCUGAAGGCAAUACACAAAAUCUCUCCACUCAGUCUUUGGAGUGUGUUGAGAAAGAAAAUAACUUGUGUGGCUCUGCGGCUAGUUCUAGGGCAGAGUCUGUGCACAGCAAAGCAUGUCUCAGUUUGGAUUCUUCUAAGAAAGACAAAGACCCAGAAGAAGUGGUAGUUGGUGUUAAAAGCAGAAGCAAAGCUAGGAGGAUUGUUUCAGAUGAUGAAGAUGAGGAUGAUUCUAUUAAAGAUACCUCAAGCACAAGUCCAUUCCAUACGUCUCUCUUUCAGUUCUCAUCAGAGAAACAGUUUGAUGCUUCUACUCCCAAAGAUGACAUUUUACCUGGAAGAUUCUUUUCACCUAAAAUACCUGAUAGUGUAAAUAAGUCUAUAAACCCGAGGAGAUCUCUAGCUUCUAGAAGGUCUCUGAUUAAUGUGGUUUUAGACCAUGUGGAGGAUAUGGAGGAAAGACUUGACAGCAGCAGCAAGGCAGAGGGCACUGAAGAUGAUCUGGAGGAAGGAGCAGAAGACAGCAGUGACAGAGCUUCAGAGAACACAGGAGACCCUUCUGGAGAAAGGCUGUCUUCAGAAAAUAAGUCUGUUGGGCUAACUACGUCUAAGCCACCAAGCUUUAACCUGCAGACUUCUCCUGGUGCCCCUGACCCUUUGUCUGCUGGCCCCAUGCUUGAUUCUCCCCAGGAUAAGUCAGUGGAGGCUGCAGAUGACUAUGAGACUCUCAUAACUCGAGGCAGAGAACUGAAAGAGUGUGGAAAAAUACAGGAGGCCUUAAACUGCCUGGUUAAAGCGCUUGACAUAAAAAGUUCGGAUCCUGAAGUCAUGCUAAUGACUUUGAGUUUGUAUAAGCAACUUAGCAACACUUGAAAAUGUUGUCAUCUAUUUGUUGUGGUUUUACGGGGAUUUUAUUCAUAUUUUUGAGAUAGAGUCCUGCUGUAGCCCAGACUGGCCAUGAACUCACAAACCUCUUGAUUUAGUCUCCCGAGUGCUGGCAUUCCGGGUGUGCACCAUGCCCGUCUGUUUAUUGCAUUUUUAAAGUGGAACUGAAGACGAGUCCAUUUUUGUUUCCUUAUUUGUGUUCUUUGGCGGCAUGAAGCAUUUGUGCUUAAGCAAGAAAACUCUCAUAAAGCAAGUUCUGCCUCUGCCUUCUAGCUCCUAUUCCCCCUCCACCAAUACAUGGUUUUCUGGGCAUCAGGUCAAUAUUUCUUCACUUGAAUAUUUCUGGGUAUUUUUUUUUUAGGCAUACUGUGGGGUUUUUUGUUUUGUUUUUUGUGGUACUAGGGCUUAAACUCAU